CAGUGAUUACAGCUACUCCGGAUGAUAAGUGUCAUGUUCGUGGUUAGUGAGCUGCGUGAGGUGUUGAUCGUAUCGAUGAUGAGAAGUGGGAUGAUGAUGAUGAUGAUGACGAGUUAUUGAUUGAGUGUGGUGCGUGCAGACGAAUGUGAUAAUACAGUGACGCGAUUGCAUUUAUGAUUUAUUAGUGCAAAUUCAAGUUAAACAAUUUGAAAGUUGUGGAAAAACCUAAACCAAAAUCUGAAAAGUGUAGAACAAGCAAAGCUGCAACCGGCGCAGAUCGCCUUUAGGAGUGAAUAAAGUGAACAAAGAACAACAAAUUUACUAAUCAUUACGCACACGGAUUGAACAGUAUCUCAAUCCGCGGAAUCGCUAGUUAAGUCGGGUUCUUGGGAGAAACUCUUCAAAAUUCCGCCUCUUGUGAUAAUGUCAUCGCCGCACGAGGACGACGAUCAGGAUCUCGACCAGGAGAUCAACGUAGAUGCCGACUCGGACUGUCAAUCCCGCGUCUCGUACAAUAGCGGCUCCGAGGACAUUGAUCUGGAUGGUGAUGGCAAUGGAUCCUGCUACGAUGAGUCAGAGGCUACCAGCGACCAUCAAACACAUUCCGCGGAACCAUCGACUCGAUCACCGAACGAGAAUCUGCCCUUCAGCAUAUCACGAUUGUUGGGCAAAUCGUACGAGCGUGAGCAGAAAGACAAGGAAUCGCUAUCGGAGGAUGCAUCACCCGAGGCGCUCAUCAAGAACGGACAUCACAUCGGUUCACCGCAGGGCAGUUUACAGUAUGCGGCCGGAGCACUGUACAGCUAUCCCCUCUACCCCGGUGGCCAUGUCCUGCGAGUGCCCCCACAACGGGGACCCUGCAAUCCGCUAUCGUGGACCCUGCCACCGCUACAUCCGGCCGCUCUCGCACAUCAGGCUGUCAAAGAUCGAUUAGCUGCGUUUCCUAUCGCACGGCGUAUUGGCCACCCAUACCAGAAUCGAACACCACCGAAACGGAAAAAGCCACGCACCUCGUUCACCCGGAUCCAGGUGGCGGAGUUGGAGAAACGCUUCCACAAACAGAAGUACCUAGCGUCGGCGGAACGAGCGGCCCUAGCGCGGGGUUUGAAAAUGACCGACGCGCAGGUUAAAACCUGGUUCCAGAACCGACGUACAAAAUGGAGGCGACAAACCGCGGAAGAACGGGAAGCCGAGAGACAAGCGGCCAACCGAUUGAUGCUUUCCCUGCAAGCCGAAGCCCUAAGCAAAGGGUUUGGUCAAGCGCCAUCAUCGGGGGCUCCACCGAACGCUACGACACCCGGCGGUGCUCCGCUCGCAGCUCUUCAUGGCUUACAACCGUGGGCCGAAGCGCAUACGGCUGGCUGUUAAUCGAUUCAGCAGCCAUCAACCGCAAUAUCGGAAAGCUCAUCGCACCCGUCUUCGCCCGUCAUUCAUCGAUAUUCGAGGGAGACAGGGCUAGCGUUGGGUGUGAGAGCGGAGUGAAACAUUUUCCCCGUUUUCGGCUUGAGUUGUGAUACGAGAAAACACGUUAAAAGUCGUUACAUUCAUCAACUGUUGCAUGGGACUAGGAGCAGAGGAAAGAGAAGCAAACAAUCAUCGUUAUUCAGUAGAGAAUCGAAGCUAAAUAGAAUAAGAAUAUGAAAACCUUAGCAAAGCCAAGUGUGAAAACGGUAGUGAUGUGGAAUGCGAUCGCGAACUGUGUCGGCGCAUGUGUGCUGACAGUGUUGAGCUGUGUGCAAAAGUGAUUCGUAAGACGGUGGCUGUACAGAGCUUGUGUAAAAAGGAUACGACAUUACUAUGACAAUUCCCAAAACUCAAUAUUCACUCGAAUAUGACCUACAGCUAUGCUGGUAUGUAAUUGAAUAGAUUAUUUGCGUUGCGUGCUCUAGGGAGCCUAGGGUCUAUAACCUGCAGCAUCAUGCAUUGAAGGGGCCGGAACGGAACGCGAUCUGGAAUCUAGGCUUAGCUCAAUUAUGGACAGCAGAAAGACAUACGUGUACGCGUGUUUCAGCAAUACUGCUGUAACUUACUGACAUACUUAGCCACUUAAUUCAACCGCGUA